AUGGUCGCGCACGCCGCCGCCUGGGGGCUGGGCCGCGCCUCGUGGUGCGGCGACGCGCGGGACUUCUUCGGGCAGAUGGUGGCGGCGCUGGGGCGGCGCGCGUCGGGCCGGCUGCUGCGGCCGCGCGACACCAAGGUCUUCGUGGUGGCGCCUCCGCCGCCCGCCGCCCCCGCCCCCGGCCCCGCCCUCCUGCUGGCGCCGCCGCUCGCCAUCUCGCUGCAGACGCUGCACCGCCUGCGACGGCUGCUGCGCACAGCCCUUAUGAAGGCUAGUCGAAAAGUUAUUCAUUGA